GGAGCACUUCCCAAGAUGGGGAGGAAAACAGUACACCUGAUCCUACCCCUAUUCGCCGUCGUAUCCCUAGUGUGGGAGAACUUGACAUGGAAGAAAUAAAUUUAUCGCCAAUUCUUCUGCUACCAGAUAAAAAUCACAGUGAAAAUGACCUGUCCCAACAGGGGGGCUCAGAAGUUGAUGGGCAUAGGAACCUCAGUUAUAGUCCAUCGGUGCCAACUCUGGGAAAUAAAUCUCUCUCGGGCAGCAUGAUGAGCCUGUUCAGUGCAGGUGAAAUCCAUUCACUAGAUGUCCAAGGCUGGAUCCAGUUUUCUCUUCAGUAUGAUUCACCCAAGAAGGAGCUGAGAAUCCUGGUUAUACAGUGCAGGGACUUGACAGCAGCCCACAGCCAGACCUCAAACCCUUAUGUGAAAAGUUAUUUACUACCUGAUAAAUCCGUACAAGGCAAGAGAAAAACAAAGGUAAAGAAGAAGACCUUGGACCCACUGUUCAAUGAGACUCUGAAGUACAAACUUGAAAGGUCGGAGAUACAAAGCCGAUUCUUAAACCUAUCCGUAUGGCAUCGGGGAUCAUUGGCGAGGAACAUUUUCCUGGGGGAGGUUGAACUGGACCUUGCAACCUGGGACUGGACCCAAACUCAGCCAGCUUGGCACAACCUUCAGCCCAGGACUCCACUCUCACCAGACUUCUUAUAUAGUCGAGGAAGGCUCAAUUUGGCAGCAAAAUUUACUCCCCAGGGAGCUGUGUGUUUAGGUCUUCCACCUUCUGGAGAACUUCACAUUUGGGUAAAGGAAGCUCAGCAGCUAGUCCCUCAUAAAGCUGGGCAUGUCAGCUCUUAUGUAAAAUGUUGUGUCCUCCCUGAUGACAGUCCAUCCAGUAUUCAGCGCACCAGAGUCAUUCCACGUAGCUUACGACCCAUGUACAAUCAUACUAUGGUAUAUGACGGUUUCCGUUUAGAGGACCUGCCAGAAGCCUGCGUGGAGUUCACUGUCUGGGACCAAGGAACCUUAUCUAGUAAACCACUAGGAGGUAUUCGUCUCAGCGCUGGCAAAGGUAGCAGUUAUGAAGUUCCUGUGAGCUGGAUGGAUUCUACUGAACAGGAGAAGAAAUUCUGGGAAACGGUUAUGAAUAGACAAGGGGAAUGGUCAGAAGUGACACUGCCAUUAAGACAGAAUCUGACCCCUCGUUAACGUACAGGUAGUUAUGGUAUGUAACACCAUUUCUCAUUCAGCACAUAAAUAUACCAUGCCUGACACUAAAGCAAGAUGUGACCUCUUAGAAAAAAGGCACCAAGAGGACUUUUGGAAGAUAUGAUGCUGCCCAGUGGAUUAUAUUUCUUUAAAAGAGCUGUAUUUAAAUGUAUAAACCGGUUAUGACUGUUAAAUUG